AUGUUCGCUCGUCUGACCCAUUACGCUUUUGACGCGGUGCUUGUCUCCGCCUUCCUCGCCGGCGUCAAGCGCUCAACUGGUCUCACCCCCAGCCUCGACUCCGACAAGAUCACCGAGAACAAAGACUUUAAGAAGUGGAUCGACAGCUAUCUCGGCGUGGGCGAGUGGGUGAUGGAUCAGAGUGUGUUUGUUUUGGGGUCGUCGGGGUGGUUUGAGCGGAAGAGGUGA